AUGAGCGACGAUCUGGCAGAAUCGACAGUGGUGGUGAUCCUGGACCAGAGAGAUGAAGAGGUGGUGGGAUUCGACUUCGUGGCGCUGCCAGAGGCGAACAAAGUGUCGGGGAUAUGGAACCUGGAGCCAGGAGCACACUUCAUGUACAUAAAGACGAAGGAAGAAGAGGAAAGAAGGCUGGGAGAAUUCGUGUAUUUGAAGAAGGGAGAGCUGAGAGUGUACAGGAGAGCGGAGGCGAGCGAGGGGCCGCUAUUCAAGCAGGUGGAGGAGUACAGCAACCAAAACUACAAAGAGUCGAUCAUAAUGGGACAUUUGAAAAAUAAAAUGUCGAAGAUUCCCCAGAACUUAUCGCAACUGUGGUCAAACAUAACGGACUGCAUAAACAGCGAGCUUAUCGUAAAACUGAGACCGAUAAAUAAGGUAAUAAAGAGUCAAACGGCAGGAAACGAUGUGUUUGAAGAGUGUGGGUCGGAGAUGGAUAGAAGAAACGAGAAGGAUUUGAGGAACGCCACGAUGAGGGUGGAGCUGAGUGACACAGAAGACGACGAGUCAAAAACACUGGAAGAAUACAAGCAAAUCGCAAAAAACCUAAGAGGGUUCCGUAACAGUAUAAAUUUGAAGGAACUGAGGGGAAAACGGGAAAGUGUGUCCCCAAAAACAAGUUGCCAGAUUGACCAAACCGUGGAGGAGGACUACAGCCCAAUCUGCUACUCAGAUAUACCGGCGAGCGACAGCAGAAUAAACAGAUUUAAGGAAAUAACGCCGGAAAUGCUGACGAGUAUGCACAUGGAUACGAGUUACGUACUGGAAUCAAUGAGCGAGAACUACGAAAACAACAAGGACGGGUACAGGGCAAGCGAGUUCAAAAACAAGUAUAUGUAUGUGCUGGGAGAGUUGCAAUACAGCUUCAUACUCUUUCUGCUGUGUUUUAACUUCGAAAGCCUCCAACAUUACAAGAGGCUCCUGAGGGCCUUCUGCAACGCGGAGGCGACAAUUAUUAAAAACCAGGAGUUGGUGCUCAGAUUCCUCAAAACGCUCAAGUAUCACGUCGAAAUAUGGGACGAGGAGCACGAUGUGUACCAGGAGGACGACUUUCUGGCCCACUCGCUAGGCAGCCUGAGGGAAAUAAUUGUCGACAACGAAAAGGACCUGGAAUAUUGCAGAAACGAGUUUAAACAGCUCGACAAUUCAUUUAAGCUGAAAUUCGGAAUUUCGCUGGAUGAUUUGGACGCGAUAAACAACAAUUAUGUAUAA